AUGGAUCUGCUGCUGAGUUGGAGAUGCAGGUUGGCUUAAGAAAAGUCCACUGUGGAUGUAGAGAGUGCAGUUCAAGGUCUCGCGAGAACAGCGGGGCUCGCCAAACGGGAUGUGGAGGGCUCAGGUGUAGGAGCUCAUCUCAUCCUCGCGCAAGGAUGCAGCAGACAGAUAAGUGAGACUGAGACUGGAGGCAACACUGCGUGAUUGUACAGCUUCAAGCGGCGUUCAGCAUCAUCAGAUACCGCGAGGAUCGGGACCUGUAUUAGUAUUUUUUUUAUGUUUUUUGUUUUCUUCAGCAGUGGAGUUUUUUGUUUAUUCGAGAUUUGGCAAAAAUGAUGUCAAUGAACAGCAAGCAACCACAUUUUGCCAUGCAUCCGACGUUACCUGAACAUAAGUACACCUCUCUGCACUCCAGCUCGGAGGCAAUAAGGAGAGCCUGUCUACCGACACCACAGCUACAGAGCAAUAUCUUCGCUAGUUUGGAUGAAACUCUUCUGGCCCGCGCGGAAGCACUGGCAGCCGUGGAUAUCGCCGUAUCUCAGGGCAAGACGCAUCCCUUCAAACCGGACGCGACGUACCACACCAUGAACAGCGUGCCAUGCACAUCUACCUCUACUGUGCCCCUUGCCCAUCACCACCAUCACCACCACCACCACCAUCACCAGAACCUGGAGCCCGGAGAUCUGUUGGACCACAUCACUUCACCUUCGCUAUCCCUGAUGACCGGCGGACACGAUGGAGUUGGGGGUGGCGGAGGAGGAGGUGGCGGCAGUUUGAUUUCAACCUCUGCCCAUCCGCACUCGCACAUGCACGGCUUGAGCCACCUGUCUCACCAGGCGGCUAUGAAUAUGAACUCUCCGCUCAGUCACCACGGGCUUCUGCCGGGUCACCACGGAGGGGCUCAGGCCACGCCAGGGCUCACCAACAAUGGACUGCCCUCAAUUAACGAUUCGGACACAGAUCCAAGGGAGUUGGAGGCUUUUGCGGAGCGUUUCAAACAGAGGAGAAUUAAGCUGGGGGUCACCCAAGCGGACGUUGGCUCGGCCCUCGCAAAUCUCAAAAUCCCAGGUGUGGGGUCACUUAGUCAAAGUACCAUCUGCAGGUUUGAGUCUUUGACUCUGUCGCACAAUAACAUGAUAGCACUGAAGCCAAUCCUGCAAGCGUGGCUGGAAGAGGCCGAGGGGGCCCAGAGGGAGAAAAUGAGCAAACCUGAUAUUUUUAACGGAGGAGAAAAGAAACGCAAGAGGACCUCGAUCGCUGCUCCAGAAAAGCGAUCUCUGGAAGCGUACUUUGCAGUUCAGCCCCGUCCCUCUUCAGAGAAGAUCGCGGCAAUCGCGGAAAAACUAGACCUUAAAAAAAACGUGGUGCGAGUAUGGUUUUGCAAUCAAAGACAGAAACAGAAGCGACUGAAAUUUUCAGCGACCCACUAGUCUUGCAAGGGGGUCCAAAGACAUUAUUCUGGGGACCAAGGAACCUAUAAACCUUCACUGUUUUAGUCUUCUGCUUGUUUUCCUAACGGAGGCUUUAAAACAUGAACACGGGGGUGGUGAUUUAUUAAGUCACUUGUUUUAUGAGGCUUUAUAAUUUCUGAAUUAUUUUUCACGUUAUUGGUGAAUGUGAAGUAUGCAAACCGCAGGUAAUUCAGAUCGACGUCUGUCUUGGAUGGAGACUGUUAGAGAGCGAAAAAAAAAGAAAGAAAAAUAUUACAAACAGACUGUAUCAGCCGAUCUGAGUAUUGCCUUUUUUUGAAUUCAUUGUAAAAUGAGAGUUGAUUGAUGUUUAAUUGCAUCAUUUUAGAAUUUAAAAAGUCACAUUUGUUUCAAGUAAAAAAAAAAAAAAAAGACGGCCAUUUAAAGGGUUACCUCAUUAGCUGUUGCUAUUCGCAGACUGGCUCGAAUAUUAUGUUUCAUAAUGGUAACAUUAUAGGGAAACACUGCGCUACAGAUUUAGAGAUCUCUCAAAUGUGACCCCGAGCUUCUUCAGUGUUACAUAAAUUGUGAGUAACUGUUUUUUACCCUGUAAGUCGUAUGCCACUGAUAAAAUAUUAAACGGGAGGGUUGAUCAAAAUGAUCGAGGUUUAUAUUCCAGGGGAGCUGAGAGAGCUGAAGGGUCAGCAUAACAAAUGAAAAUAAUCAUAAAAAUUAAACGAGGAAUGCAUUCGUUCCAAAGGUCUGCAUGACUACAGAGAGAAAACUAUUACUUAAUGGUGUGUUAUUAACGUUAUUUGUCUGCACUCUUCUAAUUAACCCAUUUUGUUUGUGUUUGUUGUUUUCAAUUCCUUUUUAGACUUUGCACUACAACGUUUUUAUUUUUAAUUAUGUUCGACAUAUGUGUAUACUACAAUAAUGCAACCCCCAUCCUCUACCAGCUUUCAUGUUUUUAAGUUAUUGCCUUUUGUUCCGAUGGUUUAAAGUAGGCAUAGCUGUUACCUACAAAUCUCGCAUGACUGGAAGGAGAUUUACCAUGAACUCAGAUUGAACGAAAUAAAUAAAUAAACAAACAAACAAAAGGAAAGAGGUAUACGGAAUAAAAUCAGUAUUUUGUGUAUAAUGGUUUGCGGUGCAAACGUUCUAUGCAUUAAAAUGACUAAUUAAGCACUAAAUUGGUAUCUACUAGUAGACCUUUGUGGAUGGUGUAAUCUCACUCUUUACUGCCUGUUUUCACAGAAAAAAAAAGAAAGACACAUUAUUUGUCGUGUUGAUUGUUUUUUUUAAAGUUGUUGGUUGUAACACUUUCCUUUGUGCACAAGUAUGUUUACAAACUGCGAUCACACGUGCAUCAUGGACUGUCACUGUCUCAUCUACCUGUCCACGUUUGCUGAGCUUUCUCCUUUGUUGUGUUAUUUUAUUUAUUGAUUGAUUUUUUUAUUUUUAUUUUUUAUUUAUAUAAAGUAAUUUCUGUAAGCCAAAUAUAACAACAGGGAGAUGUGUCCCAGCACUCAAAAUAAAAAUCAUAAAGCCA